AUGGGUAAAUCGCAGUCCAAGCUCUCUCAGGAACAGCUGGCCGAGCUGCAAAAGUCGACGCACUUUGACAAGAAGGAGCUCCAGCAGUGGUACAAGGGCUUUCUCAAGGACUGCCCGUCGGGCAUGCUCAGCAAGGAAGAGUUCCAGAAGAUAUACCGGCAGUUCUUCCCCUUUGGCGACCCCAGCUCCUUUGCAGACUACGUCUUCAACGUCUUUGACAGCGACAAGUCGGGCAGCAUCGACUUUAAAGAGUUCAUCUGCGCCCUGAGCGUUACUAGCCGAGGCAAGAUGGAGGACAAGCUCGACUGGGCCUUUCAGCUGUACGACAUUGACGGCGACGGCAAGAUAAGCUACGACGAGAUGCUGCAAAUCGUCGAGGCAAUCUACAAGAUGGUCGGCUCCAUGGUCAAGCUGCCCGAGGACGAGGACACGCCCGAGAAGCGCGUGCGCAAGAUUUUCCGCAUGAUGGACAAGGACGAGAACGGAUCCUUGGACAUUGCCGAGUUCAAGGAGGGCAGCAAGCGCGACGAGACCAUUGUGUCGGCCUUGUCCUUGUACGACGGGCUGGUGUAG